AUGACCUCCACAAUUGGGAAGGAAACGACAACUAAUGCUACAGCUAUAGAUUCGAAUAACACCAGAAGCACGGUGAACUCAGGAUGGACUCAAAGCCCAGAUGGACGAGGCAGCUUUGACAUACUCUGGAACUGUGCCUCUGUUAUGAUAUUGUGCUCCUGGUCGAUACUCUGUUUAAAUCUUCCUGCGCCAGGCGAAACCAUCUUUGUGAGUAUCUGCCGGCGAUUGUGGCUUACGGCUCUCGGUUUUCUUGGCCCCGAAUUCAUCCUGCAAGCAGCAAUUGGGCAAUGGGCAGCAGCUAGACAGUCAGUAAAGGAGUUUAGAGGGGCUGGGAUUGAGGGGUGGGAAAUGAUACAUGCCUUCUUUGCAAAUGCUGGAGGGUUUGUACUCAAGACUGCAGAUCACCCGGAUUAUUUCGUUCCUUUGAACGCAAAGCAAUUGCUACACCUUGUUAAAAGCGAAUACGUUCUCUUGGAUUCGACUGAGAACAUAAAAAAAACUGUCAAGGAUCGGAAUAAGACAGAUGGUGUUCUUCGUGCCAUCACGAUCCUCCAAACGACCUGGUUCAUGGUGAACUUUCUUACCCGCUUGAUAGAACAUCUACCCGUUACUGGAUUGGAGAUUACAACAGUAGCAUUUAUAUUGUGCGCCUUGGGUACUUCUGUGUGUUGGUGGUAUAAGCCUGCAGACGUAACUACCCCGAUAAUCAUCUCAUCUCAAUUCACCAUCGCCGAGAUCCAAAAUGGUGCCGCAGUGACCAGACAUGACCACUCACCUCUUGACUGUAUUGUCCCACGUCAAGAAUGGCCCUGGUCACGCUUCUGGCAACAUUGGAUCAACAUCCUCCGGUGGAUGAGAAUCGAGAAAGUCCUCUUUGUCGAGUACGCGAACGAAGCCGGCGACGGCACUUAUAUCACGAGAAUUGAGAAUACAUAUUGGUACGAACUAAAUGGGGGUUAUAUGUCGACUUUCGCAUUAAUGUCUAUCAGCUAUCCUGUCAUUUUCUUGUCAUCCUGGAACGAGACAUUCCCAACACAUGUCGAACAAUUGCUUUGGCGCAUCUCAUGUGUUGCACUUGCAGCUACUAUUGUUAUGUAUUUUGUGGUAGUGGUGUUAUGGUCCAAAAUAAUCAACAAUUCCAAAACGAAUGAUCCUUUACUCGACGUCAACCCGAAAGCCCAAGUGAGCAUGUACGUUUGCGCCUUUAUAUAUUGUUGUGCCAGGACAUAUCUUUACAUAGCGGAUCUGACGCAGUUGAGAUCGAUGCCCAAAGGCGCCUAUGAAACUGUACAUUGGCCAAGUUGGUUCCCUCAUAUUGAAUGA